AUGCCCAAAGAGACGGAAGCCGUCUUCAAGCUGGCGGCGAAGAAAGCGGACAAAGCGGCCAUGCAGGAUGCCAAAAAGGAAUGCCUGCGUGAUUUGCCGCAAGCCUCGGAGUGGUCCGACACCAAGCGCCAGCUUUGUUGCGAUAUGAUGGGCUUGGGCUGUGAGAAGCCGGUGGUGGUCAGGACGGAGGACAAGGAGGACCAGGAGGAAGCGGACGACGACAGUCAAGCCGUGGUCUUCCGGCUUCAGGACGAGACGAUUCCGGUGAACGAGCCGUUUCAGCUGCCAUUGAAGGUCGCUGUGACCACGGACGCCAACACGAAGCUUACCACCAGUGCGACCCUGGAGUCAGGAGACCCGCUGCCCUCUUGGAUGAGCUUGAAGGAAUCCGACAAGUCCAACUUCGGAGAUGCGGAGCCCUUCUACUUGUCAGGCACUCCUCCGGAGCUUGGAACAAGCAAGCUCAAGAUCCAGACCAUCGAUGAUCAGGGACGAGUCUGGGACAUCGUGCGGUUCAACCUGGAGGUGGUCGACCAAGUGAGGCCUUCCCAGGCGGCCUUGACGGCGGCCACGCCGGUGGCCGAUCGCUCGGGCACGCUGGUGGCGUCCGAGCUGCCGGAUGGCCAGGGGCACGUGGGUGAGAGCUUCAGCUACGAGGUGCCACCCAACACGUUCACCGACUCCAGCGGCUCCAGUUUGAUGUUGAGCGCCUCGCCUUUGCCCGCCUGGCUCACCUUCGAUGGGCAAGUCUUGCGCGGCAUCCCGCUGGAACAGGGAGAGAUCCAGUUGCAAGUGAAGGCCACCAACAAUGUAGGACGCUCGCAGAGUGUUCCCCUGCGCAUCAACGUGGGCGAUGGCGAUGCGAAAGAGGGGGCCAAGAGUUUGUUGGACACGGCAGACAUUCAAUCGAAGACUGGACCGACUGCCUCAGCCUUGCCCGAUGCUUCAGGAAAGGUGGGUGACCUCUUCAGCUACGAGGUGCCCAAGGGUUCCUUCGUGGAUCCCACGGGUGGUCAGCUGACCUUGUCCGUGAAGCCCUUACCAGCCUGGCUCACCUUCGAUGGCCUGAAGCUCAAUGGGGCACCCACCGCACCCUCAGAGUUGAACCUCGAGGUCAAGGCCACCAAUGCCAAUGGCCUCUCGACCAGCGUCCCCUUGCAUGUCACCGUGGUGGAGAAACCCAGCAGUGCGAGCGUGGGCAGCGGGUCUGCUGCGAGCAGUUCUAAGCCGGUGGCGGUGCAGGCGGCGGCGCAGCCCGUUCUCCAACAGCAGAUGGAUGUGGUGACUGCUGCAUCCUUACCUGAUGGUCACGCGCCGGUGGGUUAUCCCUUCGAAUACACCAUUCCCGCGACCACCUUUGUGGAUCACCAUGGAGGUGGCUUGAAGCUGCAGGCCUCGGGGCUUCCCAGCUGGUUGUCCUUCGACGGGAAGACCUUGACAGGCACUGCGCCGCAGAAGGGAGUCGUAGAUCUGGAGAUUGUGGCCAAGAACAAGCUAGGACUCACGGACAAGGCACCGCUGCGCAUCCACAUGGAUGACACGGAAGGUUCGGGUGAAGGGAGCGAGAGCAAAGAUGAAGCUGGCUCAGAAAGUGGAAGCGAGAGCAAAGAUGAAGCUGGCUCAGAAAGUGGAAGCGAGAGUGAAGAUGAAGCUGGCUCAGGAAGCGGUGAUGCGGGACCCCAGACUCUUUCAGUUGUGUCUCGAUACCCUAAAGUGGUGGAGAACGUGAAUGAGCCCUUCGAUCAUGUACUUCCAAAGACGUGGUUUGCAGAUCCAGAGAGUGGACAUAGCCACUGGAGGAUUGGCGACAAGAUUGACUUCUCUUUCACUCUUGAGCACGGUGAUCCUUUGCCGGAGUGGUUGAGCUUUAAGCAGGACUUCGUGGACGGAGCCAACAAGUUGACCAUGUCCGGCACCUGCCCCAAGGUGCAGGCCAUUUGGCUGGAAGUGAAGGCGACCGUCCCGUCAGAGUCCAUCGCCAUGGUCUUUGAGCUCGAUUGCGUGGCCAAAGGGCCAUUUGUGAACCAGAUCUUGCCAGAUGCCUCCGGCACCGUGGGUCAAGAGAUCCAGCAGCAGAUCCCAGAGGAGACCAUCCAGGAUCCCGACGGGAAACCGGUGGCCUACGCCGUCUCGUUGAUGGAUGGUGGACAGCUCCCGGAGUGGCUCCACUUCGACCCGGAGACCGAGACCUUGUCGGGGACGCCGAGCGCAGCGCAGGAGCUCCACCUGCUGGUGGAAGGUAAGGAUGAGCAAGGGUUGACGGCCCAGACGAGCUGGAAACUGAAGGUGGGACCAAGUGGCCCGGCCCCGAAAGCGAAAGCGCAGCCUUUGGUGGCUCAGCACCUGCCCCUUUGGGAAGGCACCGUGGGCGAGAAGAUGGUGCGCCAGGUCCCUGAGGGCGUGGUGAGCGAUCCUUUGGGAAGUCAGUUGCACUUCAGUGCCCAUGGUGAACAUGGCACGUUGCCCCACUGGAUGAGCUUCGAUCCAAAGAGCAUGACCUUUUCCGGCGUGCCGGACAAGGCGCUCAGCAUGACCGUCUAUGUGAAGGGCGCCACGAAGGAGGGCCUCUCAGCGCGCUCGCGGAUGAAGGUGGUGGUGGGAACUCCCUCCGUGAAUAAACUGGCGAAGGAGAUGACUGCAGUGGCGGAGGAGGACAAGUUGAUUGUACCCACUCUACCUCCGCCGGAGCAGCUUGGAUGUCAUGUACGAGCCCAUCGAUAUGAACAUGUCCGACGCCGCCAAUGGUGCGAAGACGGUGGUCGAUUGUAUGCUGCAAUGCCGGAACAUGAAGACGUGCGCUCACUUUACCUUUUUCUUCCCCUUGAAGCAGUGCCACUUCAGCUCCUCUAUGGCCACGCGGCAGACGGGACGCAUUGGCUUUGUGGCCGGCGGGGCGUUGUGCGCGCCAAGCCAGGAACAUCCAGAGGCAUCCGCCAUGGUGGGGAUCAAGAAGGAGUCUGUCGAGGACGAGUUCGACACGCAGCAUUGUGGUGUUCCAGGCUUAACCUUCACACCUUUGAACCCUUCCGGGAGGACGAGCAGCUACAAAGAUGA